CCAUCAUUCGGUUUCACAUAAGCACGAACUCAAGACAAUACCACAGCAAUGAAUGUUGAUCGUCCCGGUCGGCGGAUUCGUUUCCCAUGGGAGGCACGAUCUGAAGUCGCCCCUCGCAGCGCGGCGGACAAAAAACUGUUCUCUCGACGCAUUCCAGUUAUUAAACACAUGUCGCCGUCCUCCAAGAACCACUUCGUAGCCGCAUUGAGCGAAUUUGUGGGAACCUUCCUGUUCUUGUUAUUCGCAUUCGGAGGGACGAAUGCCGUCAACAACGCAUCCACUGAAAGUGGCGACACACUGAAUGAUAAUCCAGCUAAAUUGCUGUAUAUCUCGUUGUGUUUCGGUAUGAGUCUGGCCGUAAAUGCAUGGGUCUUCUUCCGUAUCAGCGGUGGCCUGUUCAAUCCGGCUGUCACGUUGGGUAUGGCGCUUGUCGGGGCUAUCACUUAUACUCGUGGUAUCUUGAUUUUUGCCAGCCAAAUUGUAGGCGCUAUUGCAGCGUCAGCAGUAGUGUUAGGAUUGUUUCCGGGCCCGCUCAAAGUUGGAACCUCUUUAUCCGGCGGUACAAGUGUUGUCCAGGGGUUGUUUAUCGAGAUGUUCUUAACGACCAUGUUGGUGUUUACAAUCUUUAUGUUGGCAGCUGAGAAGCAUAGAGCCACCUUUAUUGCUCCUGUCGGUAUCGGUCUGGCUUUAUUCAUCUGCCACUUAGUAGGCGUUUAUUACACCGGCGCUGGCGUUAACCCUGCUCGAUCAUUCGGGCCAUCUGUCGUUCUUGGGUCUUUUCAUGGUUACGAUUGGAUCUAUUGGGUCGGACCUAUCCUCGGAUCUCUCGUUGCCACUGGCUUUUAUUUGUUGGUGAAAGCGCUCGAAUACGAGACCGUCAAUCCCGAGCAAGAUACUGAUGGCCUUGCUCAUAAGUCCAUGUUCCACAAUAGUGGCCAACAGCAGACAGCCACUCAUAAUGGCCGCAGUCCCCUCAGGCGCUCGAGUACCGAUGCGCUCCGUCCCGAUCUCAUCUCACGGGGCACGGAGGAUUAUGCUGGUACUAUAAGUACAACCGACAACCUCUAUAAGGAGAUUUCAAAUUUGGAGGCCGGUAAACGUGUCUCAUCAGCUUGAGGAGUUCAGUGGUUAUAUAAUUCAGGAAACCGACAUUCACAUUGAAAAUGCAACCUUCGACUUUCAAUGGCCUGAUAUAAGGACACGAAAAUUCACAUAUGUAAGGUCAAAGCAACCUGUGGGAUACUAAUGGAAACUUCAUGACAUCAAUCGGUAGGAUUGAAAUUAGAAAGAAAAUAAUGGGAUGAGUAGUCUUAGAGAGGAUGUUUUCAGCUCGCACGUAAUUUCACAGACAGUGAGAAGGAAAAGAAUUGACUUUGAAAUCAG